CUCACACUUCUAAUCCCAACCCAAAACUUCCUCGUCUUCUUAAGUCCACUCCUUCCUUCUCAUCCCUUCCACACCUUUUGCAACUGCCCAACAUCUGGUGUCAUGGCCACUUGCGUCGAGAAUUGCCGAGCUAAAGCUCCUUUCAGCAAGUAUGUAAUCGAUAUCCCCCAACCUGAUUCAAUCCAUCGUUCCGACGACUCCAGCGAAGUCGCCGGGGGUGACGAUGUUUGGGCCACUAUCAAAGAAGAAGCACGAUCAGACGCCGAGGAAGAACCCGUCCUCCGCAAUUACUACUUUGAUCUCAUCCUCUCCCACAAUUCCCUCGAAUCGGCUCUCUCAGCCAAUCUUGCGAGCAAACUAAGUCUUCCAAAUCUCAUACCGACCAGCAGUCUCCAAGAAUUGUUCACCAGCAUCUUCGCCAAGGUUCCGGAGAUCGGGUGGGCGGUGAGAACCGAUCUUCGAGCUGCGAGGGACCGGGAUCCGGCGUGCGCGAAGAUGGUCCACUGCUUUCUUUAUUACAAAGGCUUCCUGGCGUUGCAGGCCCACCGGGUGGCGCACCAGCUUUGGGCAGAGGGGCGGACGGCGGCAGCGCUGCUGCUGCAGAGCCGGACGUCGGAGGUGUUCGCCGUCGACAUCCACCCGGGGGCGAGGAUAGGGGCCGGGGUGCUGCUGGACCACGCGACGGGGGUGGUGAUCGGCGAGACGGCGGUGGUCGGCGACGACGUGUCGAUCCUCCACGGCGUGACGCUGGGCGGCACCGGCAAGGAGAGCGGCGACCGGCACCCGAAGAUCGGGGACGGCGUCUUGGUGGGUGCAGGGACGCAGAUACUGGGGAACGUGGAGGUCGGGGAGGGAGCGAAGAUUGGGGCCGGGUCGGUGGUGCUGCGGGCGGUGCCGCCGAGGACGACGGCGGUGGGAAACCCGGCGAGGCUGGUCGGUGAAAAAGAGACACCGGUCCGGCUCGAGAGGAGGGCCGGUUCGACUAUGGACCACACCUCGGGGUCGGAUUACGUCAUCUGACAGCAGGUUUUUUUAAAUUUUUGGGUGACAUCUCUGGGAAGGUUUUUACACGGGCUACUCAAUGUGACGCGGGAUGGAUGGAGGAGCUCAAUUCGUUUUCGAGCUCUUUUAUUUUGAAAGGGGCUUUUCCCACUAGUUAAGAUCAAGAGGAUAAAGUUAUGUAGCAAUUUCUGAUGCUAUCUUGAAAUUUUAGAUUGUGUCUCCUCCUUUUUAUAUUUUAAUGGUUUAGAACUUUCUGUUGGACGCUAA